UCUCUCUGCUUCCCCUUGUGCGCUCGAUGACCUCUGGAAUCGACUGGACUGGUCUCAACAUUGACAGUUCAUUGUACAACAAUGGCAGGAGUUGAGACCGCGCAAAGUGCUCAGGUUGAUAAUCCCAAAACUAGCAGCGUGCCAGCUGAAGGAUAUGAUAAGAAAUGUAUUUUCUGCAAGAUUGUAAACAAUGAAAUGGGCACGGAGCUCCUUCACUGUGAUGAAGAGAUCUCAUGUUUCAGAGACAUCAAACCUGGAGCUCCCCACCAUUACCUGGUCGUCCCAACCAGACAUGUUGGGAACUGUAAAUCACUCAGCAAAGAACAUCUGCCUUUGGUGGAGCAGAUGGUCAAGACAGGGAAGGAGAUCCUCCAGAAAAACAACAUAACAGAUCUCAUGGAUGUCAGAUUUGGUUUCCAUUGGCCCCCAUUCUGUUCGGUUACACACCUACACCUUCAUGUCCUGGCACCUGCCAGUCAAAUGGGCUUCUGGUCCCGCCUCUUCUACAGACCCAAUUCCUAUUGGUUUAUCACAGCAGACCAGCUGAUUGAGCUUCUCAACUCUAAAGGAGAGGCCAACUGAUCACCUGAAUCCAGUUCUUGUAGUACUUGGCUGUGAUGCAGUGACUGAAAGAUCCACCUUCUUGCAGAUGUCAUGUUGGAUGUUACACAUUCACAUUAAGUGGCUGUCUGUUUGACCGCAGCAAAUGGAAUUUAUAUUUCUAUAUUUGUGACAAGUGACCACUUAGGUUUUUAGUUUAAUGAAAACUUUUCAGACUUGAAGCCAAGUAAAAGCUUGAAUGAAGCCAAAUGUUUUUUUCAUGCUGUUUGAGACUUGUCACACAAAUGUUCUAAGAACAUAAUUUUUUUUAACGUUUUUACAUUUAAAGAAGUGAAUUAAAUCUCCAUUAAUCUGCCAUAAUAAAAAAUGUAUUCACUUUAUAGACCAAAUUAGAUACCAUCUAAUACAAAUCUUUUAAUCAGGCAUCCCCUUUCUUAUGAACAGAAAGUUGAGUUGACUAGAACGAUAGAUUUACUGAGGUGAUUUGUAUAAUUUUCAUGAUCAUUUUACAGCUAGAGAAAUGAUUCAUAGACUGGUUUCCUGUCACGCAGGGCUGCCUAAAUGCUUUGCAGAUCUGACUUUAUACAUGUAUAAACUGAAAUGUGUUCAAAACUCUAUAAGAAAGAUGAAUUUGUACAAUUCAUAUAUUGAGAUAACAUACAUAUUAGCUGAUUAUACCACAAGUUCCUCAGUCAUGUUGAGUUACCUCUUUACUGAUGGAUCAAAGCACUGAGUGACAUCUUCAUCAACCAUUUACAAGGUUCCUUUACAGUGGAAGCGACUGAGUAACUGUCUGACACUGAAAGUAAAGUUUGGUACACUUGAUGAUCUCAACAAGCACUAAAAGACAAUGGGGUAUUUGCUCAUCUUAUGUUUGAUUUGAUGUAAUGUAUUAAGACUGUGUUAAGAUAUAUAAUAUAUAUUAUGAUUAGCUAACUGGAUGGUGCAUGAAUUGAAUACUAUUACUGCUAUACUCUACUGUAUUAAUGGAAUGUAAAUAAAUCAUACUGUAUGUACUGUACAAAAGUGUAUGCACUUUCAGAAAUGUUCAUUUAGAAU